CUCCUCACUGACAGCGUUGGUUCGGCCCGUCGAGGAAGGCCUCGUGGAGACGACUGUCUGCUCGCGCCACGCUGUGCUAAGGUCUGAGGUAUCCUUAUGGCUCUCAGUAGUAUGCAGAUGUGCCGGAAAUGCUCCUUUCUCCUGGGGAUGAGAAAGUUGUGCGUAGAGCUCCAGCGGAGCUCAAGAGUUCUGUGUACAGUGAACAGACAGAGGUCAACCAUCUUCCCGCAUUCUGCCGGUGUGCUCCGCAGUUUACGUACACCCCCGUGCGCUCGGGAAACUCAACUGAGGGUGUGCGCCUUUAGUGACGUUCACCCUACAGCCCUGCCAGGCCAGGUCAGUCGAACACCUCCAAUCCACCCUGUGGAUGACCAAGAUAGUCAGGCUGUGGAUGCCUCAAAACAAUUCUGUGACUCAGUUGGGUCACCGGUGGAUUUGCUGUCCCUCGUUGAGCACCGUAUGCCCUUGGAGGAUAUGGACGGUGCCCCGGCCCUUUCUCCCUUUGAGGAGAUCAGUGAAGAGGAGGCUAUACAGAUACAAGCCCAGCCUGCAAUGCCUCCCGUCUCCAUCUCUCUCAAAGACUAUGUUGAGCAGUCUGAGACACUCCAACAACUCCUUUUGUUAGGUGUCGACCUCUGGAAGUUGGAGCAGAGGCCCAAUGUUGGCUCCAUGCUGCUGCGGCUAGACUUCCAGAUGGACGUGAAGGAGAGGUUGCUCUUCUUAAAGGAUGUGGGUGUGGAGGACUCACAGCUUGGCUCGUUGAUCACUCGCAACCCCUUUAUUCUCACAGAGGGUCUGGAGAACCUAAAGGCCAGGGUAGAGUACCUGAAGUCCAAGAAGUUCAACCAGCAGGCUGUAGCCUCCAUGGUCUCCAGAGCCCCUUACUUACUCAAUUUUAGCAUUGAAAGGCUAGACAACCGCUUGAGUUUCUACCAGCAAACCUUGGGCCUCAGUGCAGAGAAGACACGAAAUCUUGUGAUUCGUCUUCCUAGACUGCUUUGUGGGAGUUUGGAACCAGUAAAAGAAAACCUUAAGGUCUGUGAGUUGGAGUUAGGCUUUCAUACUAAUGAAAUACAACACAUUAUCACAACAAUUCCCAAAGUACUUACUGCCAGCAAGAAGAAGCUGACUGAAAUUUUUGACUACGUUCACAAUGUAAUGGGUAUUCCUCAUGUACUCAUUGCAAAAUCUCCCCAGAUUCUCAAUUCAAAGCUGCUUCGGAUUAAAGAGAGACAUUUAUUCCUCCAGUACCUUGGAAGGGCCCAGUAUGACCCCAACCAACCCAACUACGUAUCUCUGAAUCGUCUUGUUUCUCUGCCAGACAAUGUCUUCUGCUCUGAUGUUGCACUGGCAUCCCUGGAGGACUUUGAACUGUUUCAGAAGACACUGUGACUCAAAGGAACAUGAAACAAAAUGAUGUUGUCAAAAUAAAGAUGGGCAACAACAGACUUAGUGUAUUAGAUGUGUUAUAACUGGCAUUAUUUAUUUUUGAUUAAUUACAAGU